CUUGGAGAACCGUUUGACAGCGAAGUCCAGGAUGGGAGGAUGUUAAGGGAUUGGGUUGGGAGGAAAGGGAUGUACCUCCUUCCCAAAGACACUCCAAGGCCAGGAAGAUGGAUAAUGCUCAAAGGGAGGUGGGGAGAUGCCCAGGGAAAGCUAUAUUUACUUUAGCCUCUUGCUAAAGAGGCUUUACUUUCCCUCCUUUACUUUCUUGUGCUAUGUUGCUUUCUGUAGUCCUGUUGCUGGUCCUGCUAGCUACCCUCCAUUGGCUAUGGAUGCGGAGAACUAUCUCACCUUAUCAUUUCCCACCUCUAGUCCCUGGCUUCUUCCAUCUCUUUCAAGCUGAUCUCCCAAGUCAUUUGCAGAGCCUUGCACAGAGGUAUGGCCCCCUCUAUCGGGUUCACCUUGGGAUGCAAGAUGUCGUGGUGCUAAACUCCAAGAAAGCAAUUGAGGAGGCCUUGACUAAGAACUGGCUGGAUUUUUCAGGGAGACCCCAAACAUUCACAAACCAAGAGGUAAGCAAGAACAGCCACGACCUAUCUCUUGGGGAUUACACUCCACUGUGGAAGGCCCAAAGGAAGCUGGCCCGUUCUGCUCUUCUGUAUGUCCAGAAUACUAUGGAACCCAUCAUAGGGCAGAUGGUACAGGACCUGUGUAAGAGGCUUCUUGCCCAGGCUGGGUCUCCCGUGUCCAUACACAAGGAGCUCUCCAUGUUCACUGGUAGCAUCAUCAGCUUCCUCAGUUUUGGAGAAAAGAGAGAAUCUGUAAUCCAGCAGUUUUACAGCUGCAUUCAGGAAUUAAUGGUAGUUUGGGAUUCUUGGCAAAUCCAGAUCUUGGACGUCCUACCCAUCCUCAGGGUUUUCCCCAACUCAGGUCUCAGGAAACUGAGACGGCUGGUAAAGAAACGGGACAGAAUUGUGCAGGAGCAGUUGUCGAGGCACAAGGAGACAAUGGUGGAAGGACAGAUUCGGGAUUUGACCGACUACAUGCUACAAAAGCUAAGGGAACAAGCAGAAGGGCCAAAUCGGCUGUCUGAGGAGCACGUACACAUGGCCCUGGUGGACAUAUUCAUCGGCGGCAUGGAGACCAUGUCGUCCACCCUCACCUGGGCUCUGGCCUUCCUGUUGCACCAUCCAGAGAUACAGAGGCGGCUGCAGGAAGAACUGGAUGAAGAGCUGGACUCAGGCUCCCCGGGAAGCCUUCCCAACUACCGGGACAGGGAUCGGUUCCCCCUGCUCAAUGCCACCAUCACCGAGGUGCUCCGGCUGCGCCCGGCAGCCCCCUUGGCUCUGCCACACUACACCCGGCAGCCCAGCACCAUAUGCGGCUUUGACAUCCCGAAGAACACCAUUGUCAUCCCCAACAUCUAUGGGGCUCACCAUGACGACAGAAUCUGGGAACAACCUUAUGAUUUCAGGCCUGAUCGUUUCUUGGAGUCAGAACCGAGCCAGGCAGGGAUCCCGUUCAGCUGCGGGGUCAGAGUGUGCCUGGGGGAGACCAUGGCUCGCUUUGAACUCUUCCUGAUACUGGCCCAGCUACUCUGGACCUUCAAACUGCUGCCUGUGGAGGGCAAUGCCUCGUUGCCCUCUCUGAAGCCCGAGUUUGGGGCCUUCAUGUUAAAGGCCCCAAACUUUCUGGUAAGGCUAUUGCCCCGGAGGCAGGAGUUGGAGUGAUGGCCUCUGGAUCUCCACACUAAAGUGCACCAAUAAAGUGCCUAAAAUGCAGGCCUUGAACCUUGGUUUCUCCUUUAUUGACAUUGAACCCAACCCUCUCCCUCCUCCUCUUCCUUCCCCCCCUGUAAACAAGGUGUUUUGCAAUUGGCUGGAAUGUUGUUGUUCACCACCCCCACCCCCACCCCCCAUCCCAGGAGCAAUUUGUUUUGUUUUGGGGCAGGGAAGUGGCCCAUCCAUAGUGUAUAUGAGGGUAUGUUUGCUAUGGAUGAUUUUUAUGACUGCAAGUGCUGGCCUCCCUCCCUGAACCAAAGAGCCGUUGUCACCUGCUGGAGGACGGAGGGAGUUAGAGCUGGAAAAUGAGGCCUUUUUAAAUCCAGUCCCACCCCAGCUCUAGGUCAGUUUUCAUAUGUACGAUACAAGGGGAAAGGUGUGAUUCCUUAAAAUCGAGGUCAAGCUACCUCUCUCUCUCCCUCCUCUCCUUCCUUCUCCCUCCUGGAAGUAAGCUCCUGGGCAAUGGGUCCCUUGACUUUGGUUGAGCUCAUCAGAGGCAAGGAAAAUUCCUCAUGGAACUUUAAUGGUUUGUUUUCCCCUCCCUAUUCAACUUCAUACUUUUAAAUGUCUAAUGCUCGGGGAGGCGUCUCCUGGUAUCCCAAAAUUGGGAUAAUGCUCAGCUCAGUUCUAGUCCUUGUGUAGAACAGAUUUCACAUCAUAUAUUUCCUUUCCCACCUCCAUACAAGCCUUCUCAGGGUCCCAUUCGGCCACUCACUGCCUAGGAAUUAAAAAAAACACCACCACCCAAACCUAGAAACACUUCUGACAUGCCUCCUCUGAGGUGGGACCUUUUGAAUACUAAAAGGGGAUUUCGGUCUCAUCCCAGCAUCCUAAGGGCAGUUUGGAGCUGUUCCCCGGCCCCUCCAAUAGCUAAGCGGAGACGCCCUCGAGAGCCACUGGAAGCUGGCUCUGGUCCUCCUCACCCCUUCCCUUCCCUCACUCACACCUUGAGGCCUGAUGACAUGGUCUCCACCUGACCUCAGACCUCCUUUACCUGCUAUAAACCACGUAGACUGGAAAGUUUUAUGCACAUGGCCCGUCGUUUUGUCCCAGGCUGUGGCAAGCUUUUUUUUUUCUUUUAAAUCACAAAUCACUCAGAGGGCAACUGCCGCUAGAUGCAGAAAGUAAUGUGAAUAGAAGGAUCACAUCCAUGGAUCCUCCUCUUCAGUUAUUUCCUACAGAUCCAAAGAAUGACUCUGGCUCUUUGGGGAAAAGGAGGAGGGCAUGAAAUCAGGGCCCUGGCUCUUCUCUGAAAUAAGCCUGCCUGGGGCAGCAGCUGGCCGGCCGAUUCCAGGGCAGGGGACGGAGAUUAAGCCCUCUGGGAAGGUGGUCUGUAACUUCGUGGCCUCAGCUUCAUCUCAGUGAAGGGAAUGGAGAACUCGAAGCCCUUCCAGGCGUACCAGCUUACACCCUAGGAGAGGGGAGACGGCAGUCACGACAGGCCCUUCGGGGCUCCAGCAUUUAGUCCCAAGACCCUGGACUCGUCCCAGCAUGGCCUCGCUCCAUCCCCAGGGCCCUCGCUCAGGCCCCUCACCUGAUGGUCGAUGAUGCUUCCGUAGAGUCCGUUGAGGUUGGCAUAGUGACAGUUGCGGUACCACCAGCCACCGCGAUAGGAGACGGCACAAGGAAUAUGUAGAUUGUUGGGAUCCCGGUCCCUCGUGGAGAAGGUGCUGCCGCUGUGAUAGCCCAUGGAGUCUCCUGCAGGGAGAGGCGGAUGAGCCUAGCUGGUGGCUGGAGCCCUCCUCCCUUCCAGCGCCGGCCCCGGGAUCUCACCUGCAGUCCCGCGGUAGCCCUCCAGGUGGAGACGGUAGUAGCGGGCCGCGGAGUCCACAGUGAAGAAGUCAUAUUCAGCAAAAGCAGACUCAUUCCCGGCCCGGAGAUCCACUCGCAUGGAGUAAUCUCCGGCUUGGGUCAGGCUGUGGAGGACCUCAUUCCCUGAGUGGGAAGGGAUGAGUGAGAUAUCCAGUCUCUCAGCCCUAAGAUUCCAUUCCUGCCUCUGUCCUCAACUUGCCCCCCUUUUUCUCUUUAAACAGCUAUUUUCGUUUUUUUGUUUCUCAAUGACAUAUAAACAAAAAUGAUUAACAUUG